AUGUCCACUGAUGGCACCGAUGCCGUCUUCAACGUUCUAGAGGAGCAUGAAUCUCAGCUAAUGUUCAGCAACGGUUCACAAAUACAGAUCUAUGAGUCUUUAGCUGGGAUUUCCCAUUCGACCUCGAUCAAGAAGUUUCAGUAUGCGGCUCUUGUGCGUCAAGAACGUCUGUUGUUGAUCUGGCACGAUGACCUCAGUGCGAUCCUCUCACAGUCCAUGAUUAUUGAGUCCAGGAUCCUUGGACUCGUAUGGGGUUCGACAAAGAGCCCUUUUGGCGAAUUCGAGGGUGGAAUGCAAUCGCAAACAUCUUCAGCAUACGCAGGCUCGACAGCCAAGUUGUCAACGGACAAAGAGAAAGAGGCCUCAAUCCAUGUUGACGAAGUGGAUGGCGAUAUUGACGUGGAAGACUUCGGCCCAAAACAAUCGCUCGCUCGUCCACUGAUCUUCACAAGUCCAAUUUUCGUCGGCCUUGGUGUUCUCCUCAUUUGGAUCCUCGUCGUUGGAUUCGGCAAUCGCGCUCUCGAGAUCCAGAUCAUGACCGACAAGUACUACCCUCGUCUGGCUCUCAUUCUAUCUGAGCCUGUGUUCUUAUGUCUGGGUCUCUUCUUCGUUAUUGUCAUAUUCAAUAGUUGCUUCCAGUUGAUAGGGCCCAUCGGUUCGAUCAAAAUCAACAGUCGGUUCUACUCUGCGAUCAAGCCGAAUCUAGCUCAGGCCCGAGCUCUUGGGUUUGCGCCACCGCCCAUCACCAUCCAAAUGCCCAUCUACACUGAAUCGCUCGAGGGUGUCAUCAAGCCGACGGUAUCUUCUUUGCAAGCGGCGAUCUCCCACUACGAGUCGCGCGGCGGCACAGCUCGCAUCUUCAUGAAUGAUGACGGCAUGUCCAUCCGAUCUGAAGAGGAUAACGAGCUCUUCAAGGAGUUUUAUCUUAACAAUAACAUCGGUUGGGUGUGUCGUCCUGAUCACAACUUUGAGGGGUUUGUUCGUCGUGGAAAGUUCAAGAAGGCGUCGAAUAUGAACUUCGCUCUCAACAUCUCCAAUAGUGUUGAAGAGGUCUUGCAGAGGUCCAUCGACAACUUGUACAGAGAUGGUCUCGAUACUCUGACAGAAGACCAAGAGCUGAAUUUGUACAACGAUGCGUUGGAACAGGCCCUUGAAGAAAACCCCCAUGCCAGGGCUGGUGGUAACAUCCGUAUGGGAGAGAUAAUCUUAAUCGUCGACUCCGACACCAUUGUUCCAAAGGACUGCCUGAUGUAUGGUGCAGCAGAGAUGUUCCUUUCUCCGGAGGUCGCGAUUAUCCAGCACAGCACGGGUGUCAUGCAAGUUUCACGAGACUUCUUCGAGAACGGUAUCACUUACUUUACCAACCUUGUCUACACUGCCAUCCGUUUCGCUGUAGGUAGUGGCGAGAUGGCCCCUUUCGUUGGCCACAACGCCUUCCUUCGUUGGGAAGCCGUGCAGGAUGUUGCCAAUCCACCAGAAGAAGACGGUUAUGUCUGCUACUGGUCUGAAAAUCAUGUCUCGGAGGACUUCGACAUUGCCCUUCGCCUGCAGAUUAAAGGGAACAUCGUUCGUCUUGCCAGUUACCACGGCGACGGGUUCAAAGAAGGCGUUUCCCUGUCUAUUUUUGAUGAGCUCGAUCGCUGGGAGAAGUACGCCUACGGAUGUAACGAGCUGGUCUUUAAUCCUAUGUGCACCUGGCUUUGGAAGGGGCCAUUCACCCCUCUCUUCCGCACGUUUCUUGGCGCCGAUCUUCAGCUGUCGAGCAAACUGACCAUCAUCGGCUAUGUCUCAUCUUACUAUGCUCUUGCAUCUGCUGUGCCUCUCGGAGCCCUCAACUACUUUUUGGUUGGAUGGUUCAAUGGCGAACUUGACAAAUUCUACGUCGAUUCAUGGCAAGGUAAGUGCAGCCUGCAAAACUCCGUCUGA